AUGUCCCACUCAUCUGAAUCAGACACAAUGUCCACAUUGUCCGGACUAUCCCCUGAAAGCAAACGUGAAAGGUCAAUGUCUGAAUUAUGGAUGUCUGAAAUUAUGUCCUUUGGACGAUCCCCAUCUCCACCUGCAUUGCCAGUACCAAAGACUCCAGAAUCCACGUCCUCGACAUCAUCGCCUCUGGCAUUCAGGACCCCGGCUUCCACGUCGUCAUCAUCUGUGUCUCCAGCAGCUGGGACCUCAACGUCAAAAUCGUCAGAGGAAUCCACAUCUCCAGCAGCACCCAAGACCCCAACCAAGUCCCGAGCAGCCAAGAACCCACCAUGCACGUCGCUGUCACCGCCGUAUCCAGAGCCGUGGACUGAAAAGCUGUGGUCUCCACCGUCGUCUCCAGAGCUGCCAUCUCUAGAGUCUCUAGGGCUGCCGUUUCCAGUGCCGUACUCCCCAGAGCCGUUCCGUCCAGAGUCAUGGGCUCCAGCACCGUCCACUCCAACACGCGCGUCUCGAGCACGCAAGCCUCCAGCAUCUACACCUGCACCGAUCCCUGAGCGCCUCGUAAUCGCCAUUGCGGGUCCAACCUCAAGCGGCAAGACAACCCUCUCCAACCUCCUUCUUCAUGUCUUUGGCAACGGCACUGCUACUCCGGGAAGCGGCUUCACCUCCGUCGCCCUCCAUCAAGACGACCACCUGGUUCCUAAUAACCUCCCUACUGGACCUCAAGUUCAAUGGGCAGAGUGCUACCUUGAAGAAUGGAUGGGUGAGCGCCUCGUCUCACGCACCUGCAUGUUCAAGGGCUUUACUGUAGAGGAAGCAGACAGGAUCACACCCGUGGACGAGGAUCGACUUGUCACGGAGUAUCGGGAUGUCACUCCCCGUAGAUGGAAUGCGCCUAAUUACGACAGAGAAGUUCUCAGCCUCCAGCUUCGCCAUGGCAAGAACCGUGACACGCGCCUUGUGAUUGACUUUGCUGCCCUCGCCAUCGCUAUUGCGCGUGCCAAGGCAUCUAAGCUCGACUCCGACAUGGAAAUUUCUGAGAGGGGUAAGGUCAAGGAUUAUAGUUACCUUCUGAAGAAACCAAGCAUUGAUGGUCCCGACAAAGAUGGACCUCGCGACCCUAGCCUUCCCAUCAAAGAGCAGGAAUCAACCAAAGGAGAAGAAUCGGUCAAUGAAGAAGAACCUGUCCAGAGAGAUGACUCUGCCAAGAAAGAGGAGCCUAUUCUGGAAGACGAAAUCCUCGAGGUUGAUGAAGAAUGGAACAUCGUAACGAUCAGGGUAAACAAGCCUACAUGGGGCCCAUACAUAGUUGACCAUGGAAUAUACGGCCCCUACCUCCAAGACCCCACCAUGGCCGUUCUCAAGGAAGGUAAAUCCGGCUACAUCAAGAAACCAAUCAAGCCCAAUUCCCUCAUACCACACUACUGCUUCACCUCCGAGCGCAACUCCCUCCAAUACCCCGAGCUCCCAGACGGCACCCGAAAGCUCCUCCCCUUCAUCAUCAAGCUCCGCACCGAAGUCAAGUACUGGACCGAGGCCAUGACGAAGCUGAACGACCUCGUCGGCUUCCCCGGGCUCAACUUCGUACAGAGUAAUUUCCGCGGCAUCGUCUUCGUCGAGGGCUUUACGAUCCUCCAGCCUGCCAUGGUCGAUUCCUCCGCUGAUCCACCCAACUACGACCUCUCGCUCUUCCUGUCUGCAACACGCGAGGGAACGCGCAAGCGCAGAUUCGCGCGCAAAGAGUACAAUAAACCGCUCAGUAAGGGGUACAUGACAUGGCGCGAGAAAUCCUACUUCGAUGGCGUGGCCUGGCCUGCGUUCGUUGAGGAGCACCAGUGGAUCUUUGACGUGACUACCCAGCAGGCGAAAGAGGGACUCGUUCCCGAUGCCAAGUAUGAGAAUGUGUCUGAGCUGGCGAAGGAGCGAGGCUUGGCGGUGCGGCCGGGGGAGGUGGGAAUUAAGGAGACGCUGAAGUGGGCCAUGCGUAAGAUUAUGAAAGAGUUUGGGUUCAAGGAGAGGAUUGCUAGGGAAAAGUGGGUGGAGGAGACGAAUGCCAAGGAGAAGUUGGUGAAAGAGAAGAAUGAUAUGGAGAAGUGGGUGGAUGAGGAGAACGCUAUGGAGAAGUGGGUGAAUGAGGAGUAUGCUAGGGAGAUGUGGGUGGAUGAGAAUAGUGAUGACGAGGUUGUCGAACAAACCGGAGAGUGGGUUCAGGAGAACUUGAUGGAUGUGGAUGACAUGGAGAUGAUGUUUAAGAUGGAGAUGGAUAAAUUGGAUAUGACGGAUGCGGUUGAUCUGGAGUGCCGUGAUGAUGCUGAGGGUGAGAAUUCUGAGCCUCGGUCAGGUAGACAAGUUGGUGUCGAGGAUGAGGAUGGGGUUGCUGAUCCAUGGUUGGGAAUGCAGGAUGACAAUCUUGUGGAGGAGGUCUAUUAUAUGGACGAUUAUGAGGAUUUGGACUGGGACUGGGAUGAUGGUAUUGAGGCAUUCUGGACGUCAGAUUCGGAAUGA